GACCCAAAGUCUUUCUGUUUCUGUAGCUGUUAGGCGGUUGAGGAGAAACUCCAAAAGCAUGUCUUUAGACGUUAAAUGUAACGGCUAGAAAGGAUAUUGCGUCGCUGUUAGCAUUUAGCAACGUUAAAAGGUAACGGCGAUUAUCUGUUCGCCAUUAGCGUUCUCGAGCUCGCUCUGAAGUUCGUUGGUUACCUUAGCGUUGACGCCUCGUCGGAUUCCAUCCGGUUCUUCGGUGAAGUGGAAAUUUAUUCGGAGAAAAUUUUGGUUUCCUCUUUCAAUGGAGAUUCUAUACAAAGUCUUCGUAGACGAUUAACGAACGGUUGUACGAGAGGAGUACGGCUUGAGGGCAUUCCAGUCUAUGACUCCCAUUGAAGAUGACUGAAGCGGAUAGAUUAGAGUGAGUAAUUGAAUACCGAUGCCUUACGGAAUUGAGUCGGAUAGAUGUUUCAACCAAACAACGACGAGCUUCGAGAUUUCACUGCCGGGGUCGAGCAAUUUUAGGGUCGGUUCUCAUGUAGCGCAGCAAAGCCGCCGUGAGAAGUUGAGAGUUCAGCAGCAAUUUGGGAAUAAUCCAGAUGUGAUUCAAGUUCGAAAUGUUAGGAGUUGUGAUCUGCUGUAUGAUCCACCAAAUUAUUCAACAAACACCCACUGUUCGUUAGCUCAAAGGGAUGCAAUGCUCCAACAAGGCUCAAGUGCCCAUCAAAAUGGAAGGCCUGUGGGGACCGGUGAUGCUCCAUUUUCUACCCAUCCAGUUCAGUCUGACUUUAGCCCUUCAGUUAAGGUUAGUGAUGCACACAAUCCAGGCUACUGGAAAUUCUUUGUGCCGCAACAAAAUUGUGAUUGGAAUGUGAAUUACAUGAAUAGCCUGGCUACCAGUGGGUGCAAUCAGAGGCCUUCAUUUGUUGGGGGAAUCUUAUCUGGCAGUGUGAAGGAAAAUAGCAUUCCUUCCUCUACCCUUAAUUCUGUACCUGCCUCCAUUGGGUAUGAAGAUGUAAGAUCAUCUUUGACUAACCCAUCCAAUGUAAUAUCUGAUGAAGAGAGUAUCAAGCAGUUUGGAGAAAUGCAGUUCGGUUCUCCUUUCUACCAAAAUACCCUUAAGGAAAUUGAGACUUCUACCAGCAUUGGCAGGGAAAGUUUUGAUAUGGCUUCUUUUUCACAGCAAAAAAUCAGGGAAGCUGGUUCAUGGGUAGAUGGGGGGAAUGAGUUGGUUCUUCUUCCAUCUAACUCAGACACAAAUGAUGGUCCAGGGAUUGCUGCCGCUGCUGUAUUGAUGCAUAAGCCAGUGAAUGGUAACCAUCAGUUGAAGUCUGAAUUGGGUUUCUUUGUGAAGAAGAUGGAGGGAGGUGUUGGAACUGCUGCGAGUGAUUCUGCAGCUCAAGGACUGUCCUUGACACUCUCUUCACAUCGACCUUCUGACAUGCUUGCGGUUCAGCUUGGAGGAAGAUUUGAGUCUGAAAAUUUUCAAUCUCAAGCCGAUGCAUUUAUAAGUGGUUCUCAAGAUUCGAAGACUAGUGGUUACAUGUGCUCCAGUUCAAAAUCACCUCUUUCUAGAGCUUCCGGAAGUUCCAUCGAAGGAAUUGUGUGCUCUUCCACAUAUGCUAGACGAAGUACGGGUCCUCUUGGCCCCUUCACUGGGUAUGCAACAAUUUUGAAGUGUUCAAAGUUCUUGAAACCUACCCAACAGCUUAUGGACGAAUUUUGUGAUGUUAUGGGCCCAAGAUUCAUGAGGAUAUGUGAAACAACUGAGAAGGGUUCAAGAGACGUAAUCAGUUCAUGUGACACCACUAACGCUGAGACUGAGAUCGAUACUAGGGCUGGGAGCUCUGGCGUCUCCUCUUCUCCAUUCUACGGUUCUAAUGAAGCUAGUGGUGAAGGUGGAAGUGUAAGUGGACCUUAUCAGCCUUAUCACCCUGAGUUCCAACAAAGGAAGGCAAAGCUACUAUAUAUGCAAGAAGAGGUUUGGAGAAAGUAUAAGCAGUACCACCAGCAGAUGCAAAUGGUGGUAUCAUCAUUUGCAUCAGUAGCGGGUCUUAGUGCUGCCACACCCUACACCUCCUUGGCUUUGAAAGCUGUCUCAAGGCACUUCCGGAACCUGAAGAAUGCCAUCUCUGAUCAGCUUCAACACAUAAACACGGCCAUUGGGGAGGAUUUGUCAUCUCCUGCGACUGAUAAUAGUAGAGGUGAAACAAUUGCACCAAAGCUAAGGUUCAGUGACCAUGGCAUUCGUAAGCACAUGUCAGGUGGAGACAGUCUAGGCAUCCUUCAACCCCAACAGCACGUCUGGAGACCACAGAGGGGCCUCCCAGAACAUUCAGUUGCUAUAUUAAGAGCAUGGCUGUUUGAGCAUUUUCUUCACCCGUAUCCAACUGACACGGACAAGGAAAUGUUAGCUUCUCAAACUGGUCUUACUCGAAACCAGGUAUCAAACUGGUUCAUCAAUGCUCGAGUGCGGGUGUGGAAACCGAUGGUUGAGGAGAUACACAUGCUUGAAACCAAAGGAUCUGCCAAAACCAAUCCCAAUUCUAGCAAUAAUGAUGGUGAACCUGCAAUUAGAAAUAGCAGUGAGCCAAUAGGAGAUCAUAUCCUUGAUAAGUUAAUGGUGGAUGCAGUUUCUGAGAAGGGAUCCAAGUGCUUGGGAGUGGUAUCCAUGACAAACAAGGAAGAUGAUCGGACUUCUCAAGAGUGUAAUCAGGGGAAGCGUUUGAGAAUGGAGAGUCACUUUCCGGCCGAAGUUGGUGGGGGCUUAAUGGGUUUGAUGCCAUACAACCAGAACAGGCUGAUUGGGGGAAUGGGAGCUGUGUCACUCACCUUGGGUCUCAGACACAGCGCCGAGAAUGCACGACAGCUGCAGCAUAGACAGGAAAGACAACAGGAACAUCAACUAAUCAGGCAUUUUGGGGCUCAGGUGAUGCAUGACUCUGUGGGUUGAUUUUGAGCAUUAUAGGAGGAUGCUUCUCUGUGCUUUUUGAUGGAUGCAGAGUAUUGGUUUUGAGAGAACAGAAAGAUGAAAUGUUGCUAUCCUUCAUUUCGAUCUGUAUUUUGAUGUUGUAAAUAGGAAUUAUGGCUGAAGUCGCAGGAAGAAGUUGGUCUAGGGGCAGAUAGGCACCAUCCAAAAGAGGUUGGAAUUGAAUAAGAGAUGAAAAGUUGGACACAGGGAUUAAUGUAAAUCUCAGUUCCAAGGCCAACUGUGAGGUGGGAAAUGGAGAAAAAGGAAUCAAGUUUGGAUUUUGAGAAGGCCAUCCAUUUUGAUGUGGGGGAAAGGUGACGCAUUUGGAACUUAUUAUACCUUAAUUCCACUUUAUUACAAUUUUAUCAUUGUACAUUUAGUGAACUUAAAACCUGAUCUUAACAUAUCUUCAACUCAGCAAUAAUUAUGUGGACCACUACAAAAUAUAUGUUUGGAGUUGAGUCAAAUUCAUCUAAACCCACGAAAAAGUGUAAUUUUGAUGAUUGUGGCCUCUAUGAGUUCAUUCAACUAAUAUAAGAAAUGUCAUUGACUUUCUUA